AAGGAAUGCAACCUCAUUCUUUAUUCAUAAUCACUGGCGCCAAUCGCGGGUUUGGACGUGCAAUUGUCACUGCAGUAGCAGAUGCAGCCAAACACAAGACUACUGUGAUCUUGGUUGGGCGUAAUGCCAAUGAACUUGAGAAUGUUGUACAAUCAGUCAAGGACAAUGUCAACAUUGACACUCUUCUUGUGUCUGAUAUUUCUCUUGAAACUGCCUCAGAGGCUCAUGAUACUAUCUUUGUAAAAAUAAAGCACUUGAUUGAGACUAUCCAGUCAGGAUAUCCUGUCUUGACUAGAGCCGUGUUGGUCAACAAUGCAGGAACUACGGGCGAUCUGUCUAAAAAAAUUGGGGAAUACACCGCAGCCGAAAUCCAGAAUUAUGUGAAUGUGAAUAUUGCGUCCUAUGUCACAUUGGUAUCAGGUUUUGUCAAUCUAUUGAAAGAAAAGCCAUUUGAUCCUGACCAGCCAACACCUUUUCCACCUGCCCUGACGAUUGUUAAUAUUUCAUCAUUAUUGGCAGUCAAGGCUUUUCCUCAUUGGGGGCUCUAUGCUACCGGAAAAGCAGCACGCGACAUGCUUCUGAGUGUCCUGGCAGAAGAAGAAAGUUCUAUUAGAACUCUGUCUUAUGCACCAGGUCCACUUGACAAUGAAAUGCAGGCUAGUGUACGUGCGACAAUUGGUAAUGAAGAGCAAAAGCAGGUCUACACAGACAUGGCCAACAAGGGUACACUGGUCAAAAUGAAGGAUUCGGCUCGCAAGUUGAUCAGACUAGUUGACAAGGCUGAUUAUCGGUCAGGAGCGCAUAUUGACUUUUAUGAUAAGGAAUAAUAAUAAUAAUAAUAAUAAUAAUAAUAAUAAUUAAUUCUUCUUCUUCUUCUUCUUCUUGUUGAUUUUCUGUAAAUUGAAAAUAAAACUUCCUUGGCUGUAAUG